AUGAAUGCUCUCAAUCUAACCGUUCGAGUCCUCAACCUUUCUCCAAGGGCGAGCCAACCUGACGUUGAAACUCUCUUCUCUUACUGCGGAAAUGUGGAAAAGAUCAAGCUCCAAAAGAAUGAAGAUGAUUCACAGUCAGCUCUGGUGACUUUCGGACAGCCCUUUGCUUAUCGAACAGCACUCCUCUUGAAUGAUGUUCCUGUUGCUGGACAACCUAUUCGAGUCUUGCCUUCCGAGGACUCAUCAGAUCAUCCCAUUUCACAAGGAAACUUGAGCAAUGACACCAAGGAAGAUCGGGUGAAGGAAUCUCCUACUCUGCUGUCCGGGCAACAAAUUCAAGCUUCUUCAGCUUCCCACAGGGCAAAAGUAAUGUCUAAGACAAGGUCGGAAAUCUCUGCAGCAGCAAAGAGGACCGCCAAUAUCUGUGCAGUGAUCAUCACAUACGCACCCCUAGUAACUGCUGCAUUCCUCCUGAGCAGAGCACUUCACUACCUUGCAAAACGCGUCCUUGAUGUGUGGAUUAAGCGUGGAAAUCACCCUAUCUUUGCUUAG